AUGGGGAAAAAAAUGAAAGGCAAUCAGAGGGGAAAUGAGGUUUUGAUAAAAAAGGUUGCGGGGGGAGAAAAGGGGUCAAAUGUGAGAAAAGCUCGUAAAUCCAUUCUUUAUGGUCACGGUUACAUUGAGUUAAAUUGUCGCAAAGAUAAAGUAACAUGUGGAUUACACAAAUACGAAUGGGCUGGAAAUCAAGAAUCUGGAGAUUGUUCACUUUUAAUUAAACACGUGACUAUCGAUUUCGAUGAUGGAGAAUGGGAAUGUCAAGUAACAGCUUCCGAAUUUACCGCACAAGAUGCUUUAACGUCUUUACCCGUACGUCUUGUUGUUCGAGUUGCUCCUCAGUGGCCACGUAUCGAAGUUAACAGUACAACAAUAUCUCCUGGAAACAAUAUAAGUUCAGACAUUGGAAAAACAAUCACGGUUAAAUGUUUGAGUCGUUAUGGAAAUCCUCCAGCGAGACUUAAAUGGUUUUUAGGGGAUAAGGAACUUUUGGUCGGAAGUAAACAAACAAACGUACCGGAAGUUGAUAAUAAUCGCACGUGGGUUGCAACAUCCUUAUUAGACAUUGUCUACACGAAAGAUUUAUAUGGUCGUACUCUGAGAUGCGUCGCAUUACAUAAAUCAUAUCCGAAAGAAUCUCAGGAAGUUCAAGUUCGAUUGGAUGUUAAAUACGCUCCCGAAGUUCGAAUAGAAGGAAUACCGACGACGGAUUUAGAAGAAGGUAGAGAUACCGUAGUAUUAAGAUGCAUCGUGGAUUCAAAUCCACCGUCUGUCGUACGUUGGAAAAUCGGUGAACAAAGAAUCGUGAGCACUAUUGACACGUUACAAUUUCGUCCAGUUAAAAGAAGGGAUUCGGGAUCAUAUUAUUGCGAAGCUGAAAACACAGUCGGUACGAGUAAUCCAUUAUCAGUCGUCAUAGAUGUUAAAUAUCCACCCAGAAUUCGUAAAGUGGGUCCAACGAGAUUAAUAACAGCGCCGCUUUAUUCGGAAGCAACGUUUAGUUGCGAAGCCGAAGGUAAUCCUCCACCAGGUUAUCAGUGGUUGCAGAAAGUUCCGUCGGCUGGUGACACGCUUUUCACGAGGGGUUCCGAAGCCAAAUUAAAAAUAUUUAACAUAACCUACGACUAUCAGGGUGAAUACAUUUGUAGGGUAUCGAAUAACAUCGGAGGAACGGAAAGAAACGUCGACAGCGAACCAAUAACGAUACAAGUUGUCGGAGCACCUCAAGUUUUAAGACAUGCCGGUACUAGAGAAGUACUUGCCGUGAGGGGGGAAGAAGCACUUUUGAAAUUAAUCGUGUGUGCGGAUCCCCGACCUAGGAGAGCAAUUUGGGAAUGGGGAUCGGAAUUUGUGGAAGCUGGAAAACCCAAUGGAAGGUAUCAAGCCGAAUUAAUAGACGAUGAGAGGGAAGACUGCUACGAAGCUCGACUUAGAGUUCAAGAUGUCGAACCAUCCGAUUCUAGAAGUUACUAUUUAGCAGUAGAAAAUGAUAAAGGAACGGAUAGGCAUUCUGUUCAUCUUAUCGUCAGGGAACCUGUACCUAUGACGACGUUAAUAAGUAUCGCCGCAGGAUGCCUCCUUAUAUUUAUAUUUUGCGUUUUCAUCGCAAUUUAUGUCGUCAGAAGAGAAAAAUGUUGUUUUGCCAUGGAAAAAAAAAAUUAA